GCCUCUUCCCCUCCCUCCCUCCCUCCCUCCCUCGUAAACUCAUGGGUCGGCCGGGCCUCGGCCCUGCCUCCUUCCCACACGCAUGUGAUCGCGGGAGCGCCGGUCACCGGGGUUCCCGGCGGACAGCUGGGCUUGGGGUCAUUCUGCUCGAGCCCUGAAACCCUCAGUCCCCCCAGGAAGAGCUAAACGGGAUCAUUAAACCAAACCUCCAAAAUGAAGAAGAUUAUGUUCGUAGAACCUGCUGUUUUUCUUCAUGCCUUUGCCAUGUCUCUGUCCUCACCGCUGGCAACACAGUACGUCUAUCGGAGAAUCUGGGAAGAAACAACCAACUACAGUUUUGCACAGAAUAGCAGUAUUUCAGAGUGUGGAGGAAACAAAAGCAGUCCAAUCUAUAUCAUUCAGAAGGAAGUUCAGAAAAAGGCCUCCCUAUUUAACCUGCAGGUGGACUUGAGCGGAUUAAUCCCCGGCCUCGUGGUCACCUUGGUUCUCCUAUCCAACAGUGACCGUCGAGGACGCAAGCACCCUAUCCUCCUGUCUUCCCUGGGCGCCCUGGCCACCAGCGUUUGGCUCAGCGUGCUCUCCUAUUUCUCCUUGCCCCUCUACCUUUUGAUAGCAGCGUCCUUCCUGGGGGCGCUCUUCGGCAAUUUCGCGACUUUCUUCGGAGGGUGCUUGGCCUUCAUCGUGGACCAGUGUAAGGAGGAGGAGAAGAAGACGAUCCGGAUUGCGAUCGUUGACCUAAUCCUCGGACUGGUCACGGGCCUGACGGGGCUGUCCUCCGGCUACUUCAUAAGGGAACUAGGUUUUACGUGGUCGUUUUUGAUCACUGCUGUGGCGCUGGCGUGUAAUUUGAUCUACCUUUUCUUUUGCCUGGAGGACCCGGUCAGCCCACCUCCGACCCAGGAUGCCUCGGGGUCGUGCGGCGAGGGCCUCAAAAAACUGUUCUCCAGCAUUCACGGCCUUUUUAAAAACGCUUCCCCCAGGCGACGGACAUUGAUCUCCCUGUUGCUCUUCACCAUGGUCACCUAUUUCACCGUCCUCAUCGGGGAAAGCCCCAUCUUUAUUCUUUACGAGCUGAACGCGCCUCUCUGUUGGAAUGAGGUCUUCAUAGGCUACGGCUCGGCCCUGGGAAGCAUUUCUUUUUUGAGCAGUUUUAUCAGGAUCUGGGUUUUCUCUUACUGUCUCAAAGACAGUCACAUGGCCUGCAUUGGGAUCCUGACUACGAUCGGUGGAAUGGCCAUGGCAGGCUUCGCCACGACGACGUUGUUGAUGUUUUUAGUCAGGCUGCUGUUCCUCUUUGCCGCCAUACCCAUGUCAGUCUUACGGGCUAUGCUGUCCAAAGUGGUUCGAGCUACAGAACAAGGGACCCUGUUCGCCUGCAUCGCCUUCCUGGAGACCCUGACCGGAGCCACCUCCGUGUCGGCUUUCAACGGAAUCUAUUCCGCCACCGUCGGGUGGUUCUCCGGCUUCACCUUCCUCCUCUCCGCCGGCCUCUUGCUGAUUCCCCUGACCAGCCUGUGCGUCGUGAUGUGCGUCAGCUGGGACGAAGGGGACGGGACCCGCCUUCUGCAGGACGAGGAGCCCGAAGAAAGCCCCCGCAGCUGACCCGCGGCCCUCCUGUCCCGCCCCCAGCCCAGGGGAGCCAGGGGGCCUCGGAUGGCAGAGAAGCUGCCCGCGCCGGGAAGGAAGCUCUCCGGGGGCGAGAGCCGUUCGCUUUUAAACAGAAAACUUGAAAGAGAUGGGCUGUUCUGAGCAAAGAAACGCAGCUUCCGAGAGUUCCGAUGCUGGGAGGGUCACCUGUGUUGUCUAUCACAGUGCCUCACCUGAAAAUGAAUGUAAUCGAUGACCCUACCUAGCCCAGACUGUCCAGAGGGACGGAAGAGGACAGUGGGGGUGUCUACAACACACACACACCUUGCAUGGGGCUACCAGGUUCCACCCCCCUACUGUACCCUGCCCCCCGUCUUUUGUUUUAAUAUUUGCUAAGCACUCGCGGGGCUCACAAGUCAACCCCCGUUCGGCAGGUGAGGCAACGGAAGCACAGAGAAGUUACGACGUGCCCGGGGUCACACAGCGGCCAGGUGGCGGAGCAGGAUUAGAACCCAGGACCUUCUGCCUGCCAGGCCUGCGCUGUAUCCGCUGGACCACGCAGCUUCACUCCUUCCCGCUGGGUCCCUAGAGAUGCUCUUCGGCUCCCACGGUUUUUGGGGGGGGGCAAAAUUCCCGAUCCUAGUAGAGGCGGCCUCGGUUUUCUGAUUUUUUUUUUUUUUUCCCCCUUCAUGCUUUAUCACCGAAAGGAGUACAAUCCAUCGGGGAUGUACAGAAGGGGUAGAAACGGAAGCUCGUAUUUAAAAUGGAAAGAAAAAUUCAAAUGUUUUUCAAGGCAGGCACGAAGGAUUCGAUUUUUAAGAUCAAACCAUUGAGAGAGGAUGUCUUGUCUAACUGAAUGAAGCGGCAUGGCUUAGUGCGGCGGGCCUGGGGGAGAGAUCUGGGUU